UUAUCAAGGAUGGUAUGGUUGAUUAAACAAACAUAUAUUCGGUCGUCGGAAUUAAGCGAGAAUAUUUGAGUCUAAAUUUUACUGAGAAUGUCUCAUUUCAUUUUACAGUGAAAGAUUUCGUUUAGUAAUUUCGCACCACUCACUUAUGGGGGUAUUCAAUACAGGUUUUCAAGGCAAAACCAUUUGGAUCUUGCUUUAUAUUUUUAUAUUCUUUUCACCUUCAAGGAAUCGAGUCUCAUGCAGUCUCAGACUCAAGGAAUUGAAAGCGUCUGAAAAAACAAAACUCGUGCAUAUUGGGUACAUUUUGAAGCCAAAUGAAUCUGUAAUAGAUAUAAUGUGCCUUUCACACUCCAAAGCAUCCUUGAAGAUUACAUGUCCAGUAUUUGAUGAUGGAAAUAGCAGCUUUGACAUUGCAACAAAUCACGACGCUCGAAAAUCAACAAAUGACAAUAAGACCAACCGAAAUGUAUGCUCAGUAAUCACUAGAAAGGUAGCCUGGAGUCAAGCCAAAAAUAUUUCCAGUUUCGUCUGCCUUUGCUGGGCUAGACAAGAAGUAUCCAUGGAUUUUGAGCGAAAGGCAUCUGUUGAAAUUACAAUUCACACAAAGAAGAGAAGGACAAGUACUGUUUUUCGUAGAAAAAUCAAGAAAGGAAAGCACAUACAUCUGACUUGUUGCAUAACUGGUCAUCCUCGUCCUAAAAUUACAUGGUAUAAAAAUAAUCACCCACUGAGUAUAAACAAAAGCGCAGCAAUCAACAACGUGACAUACGAGCAAAAGGGAAGAAGCCUGGUAAUAAGUAGAUCAGAUAUUAGUAUUUCGGGAUGUUAUCAAUGUUUAGGUCAAAAUUUUUUCGGAGAAGCAAGGGGUGAAAAAUACAGAGUGGAACUUUACGUAACCAAACCGAAAAUUAUCAAUCAGCCUGUGCAGCCACGUGAAUCCAACCACUAUUCUUUUCAAGAAUACGUUAAGAGAGAAAAUAAAUCGGAUGAGAAUGGAGUGGCAGAGCCGACUAAGCAACAGCAGAAAAAAACCGGUAACCCUUAUUUCAAAAAGUUUAUAACGAAGGCACACGAGACAAAUGAUGACGUGGAAAACGAGGAAGGUCAAAACAAAAGAAAGAACGGCUUGGGAACUAUAAAGAUGAUAGGAAUGAUAAUAGGAGUUGCGGUUUUUGUUUCUUUGGCUGUCCUUGUUUUGUUCAUCUUCAGACAUAAUUUCUUACUAAAGUGCCAGUGUACGCCAAGUAUGUUAACAGAAACAACAGAAACAACAGAAACAACAGAAUAUAGAAAUUCAACAACACGGACGGAAUGUACGAUUGUUUUCGAAGAAGACGCCCCUGCCUUUUCUCGGUUAUUUGUGGAUACUUUGAAUUCAGACGGUAUUAACGAUUACCACAAACAAGACUCGCCUUCCCAAGACUCUAUGCAGUCGAAUACGUCAGCGCUGUUUAACGAACUUAAUAGGAUUCCUCCAAAUGCUGAUCCGAGGUAUUUUACAAGUCUUUUAGUCAACCACCAUGGUGGAGAGGUAAUCCUACACGACACUGGAAUAAAGCUGGUUAUCCCUGAAGGGGCUAUAGAUGUUGGAAAAACCGAAGUAAUUUCCCUUGCAUUGCCUAAAGAAAAAUUAGACAACAACAAUGACUUUAUGCCGCCCAAAAUUAUCAAUAAUGGGACUUUGCUCACUCCAAUUGUCAUAUGUGGUCCACAUGGAUUCCAUUUCAAAAAGAACGUUCUUUUAAUCCUUCCGCAUUGUUUGGUUGUUGAUGAUGAAGUGGAGACAAAUUUUCGAGUUCAUUGCAGUGAUACCAGACCAGGCAUUCCACCCGAAUGGAAAGAAAUUUUUAACACAUCAUUGGCACAAAGUAAAGAAGUAUUUUGUCAUAUGGGAAAGCAACAUUUUAGUCUCUUUGUUCAACAUUUCUCAUGGUACUUCAUCGAGGGUGAAGGAAAUGCAAAAAAUUUCAGUGUGGCGGCUUACCACACGAGUUUUCACCAACCAGAUGAAGCUUUUAAAGUGAGGAUUUACUUGAUCCCAAAUAUGGAGGGAUCUUCUGUUAGUGAAAAGAAAGUUCAAGAAUGUGAGAAUAGUCUUCAAGGAACACUCUGUGAUGGUUUGAAACUAAAAAUAUUCCACCAAGAUGGCGGUAACCUAAAAAUUGAAGCAAUCGAAAUAAAUGAUGGGUGGAAAUUAUUUGGAAGAAAAACUCAGUUUGAAAGCUACAAACAACUUUGUUGUUGUAAAGAUGGAUCUCCCAACCGAACAUUUCUUUUCGAACAUGAGAAGGAUCAUCGACCGGAUAGAAUAUUUUGUAUGUUCAGAAUUUCCCAGGAAAAGUGUGAAUUUGACGCUCCUGUCGAAAUUGCUGUAUCGGAGCAUUUCCAGUCAGCGAUUAAACGAGCACGGAUUCGAGGGAGCUUAACUUCUACAUCUUCGUCUGGUUUAGGAUCAGGAGAGAGCGGAGCCAAGGUAUUUUUUCCAAUAGGUCUUCGAAAGGAUUUGAUACAAUUGCUGGAUAUAGAAAUUGUUGGUAAAGAAGACUACAGAGAGUUAGCAAACCGCCUUGGUUACAAAACCCAGUUUAUACGUUGGUUGGAAUGCCAGCAUAGGCAAAGUCCAACUGAUUUGCUUCUUAUGCAGUGGGAAAAUGAUCAUCAAGAUCAAAGUGAAGAAAGUGCAUUGCGUAAACUCCACGCGAUACUUUUGGAAAUGAGAAGAGAAGAUGCUGCAGUGAAAAUUCAGGAAUAUUUUGACGGAUUCCAAACAAAUGAGGAAACCGAACGUAGGUUGUCGGCUUGGGUAUAAAACUGCUGAGCUUUGAUGAGCGAAAACACUGUCAAUUACUCAUUUCAUUCUAAUCUGGUGGUCUCUGUUACCUCUCUUUCAUUCGAUAUGGCAAAGUAAUAUUUUAGUACAUGAUGUCUAACUUAAAUUUUGCAUGAUAAUUAUAAAUUAUACGACAUGUGUAAUUUCAUGUAGUUUUAAUAUCACGUUGUUGCCGAGGCAUGUUUGCUUUUGAAAAAAAUGUGAUGUUUUGAAAAAAUGUGUAGACAUGCGGAUUUGUGGAAAAUGAGCAAAAUGCCUUAUUAAUUUUUUAAUAAUAUAGGUUCCAAUCGUUUUUUAUGGAGUCAUUUUUAUCGCCGGAGUCCUUUUUUAUGUAUUGUCAUGUAGUUGCCACUUACGUACGCUAUGUGUCACAUAUAUUUGUAUUAAUAUUUACUAGUUUUAGCAAUAGUUUUACCGUAACUCACAAUGAAAUCCAUAACAUAUUUUAUUUAGCCUAGUCCUUAA